AUGUUCCCGGUCAAUGACGACGGGCCACCAGGCCGAGAUUCGCCCUAUAUCUACGGCUUCUAUCGCCAUCUAACGGAUGUCCUAGGCUGGGAUGUCAAGGUUGUCUUGCCUAGCACCCAGAAGUCAUGGAUCGGCAAGGCAUACCAAAUCAAAGACAUCAUCCGAGGACAAUACUACUACCCGCAAGACCCAGAUGGUAAUGGCGAGAUUUCUCUAUCACCUCGGCUACUACAGGACGGAGAAGUAGCUGAGUGGAUUCUUCUGGAUGGCACGCCAGCGACCUGUGUCAAUAUUGCUCUGCACAACCUCUACAAGGGGGAAAUCGAUCUAGUGAUUUCUGGUCCAAAUUAUGGCAGAAAUACAUCAUCCGCAUUUGCUCUCUCGUCGGGAACAAUAGGCGCUGCGCUGUCUUCCUCUCUUUCUCAUAUCCGUUCCAUUGCCGUCUCGUACGGAACGGUCAACAGGCCAACCCCGACAAGUUAUUUCGACCCUGCCCACAGACUCGCAGGUCGUAUCAUCUCCCACCUGUGGGACACCUGGGGUAAGGAUGAAGGAGGUCUACGCAACGGCGAAGUAGACCUUUACAACAUCAACAUCCCUAUGAUCGAGGAACUCCUUAGUGAAAACGGCUUGGAGAUACACUGGACAACGAUCUGGCGCAACACAUACGGGCGAUUAUUCCAGGCGCACUCACCCGACGAAGCACCUGCCCUACGACGAGCAGGGUCUUCGGGUGGGCCGGACGCCCCUGCUGGCCAAGAUCCGGAGGAUGUCUCUGCCAGUAAAGAAGCUGCUCCGUCAGAAGUCGGAAAACUAGUGUUCAAGUUCAAACCCGACAUGCAGGACCUCAUCUUUCCUUCCGAGGAUAUCUUGCCGGUCGGGUCUGAUGGAUGGGCCAUGUUUAAAGGGCACGUCAGCGUCACUCCUUUGCGCGCUAGCUUCGCGGAGCCCGGCUUCGCUGUCGCAGCGCCGGGGCGCGAUGAAGCAGGAGUGCGGAUAAUGAAACUGUAGAUCAUGCCAUGAUUGGACUUCAGUGGUGGAUCUCGUCUUCGUAGGUUCUUAUCCAAUCACAUAACCCGCAUUGGAUGUUAUAUAGUGGAUCAAGGAAGUGUAUCUGUAUCCAAUGCUUUGUGCCUUGCUUUGGACUGUUUCCAGGCUCUCUCAGCCAACGGCACGCUGUACAGAAAUCCCACGCCCUUUCCUGCUGAAGCGUGUAAACCAAGUACUACUCCUUUGUAUUCGCACUACAGCAACGUACAAUAUCGUCCACGCAACACUACAAAAGCAGCCCAGUCGUGCUCAGC